AUGAUGGCCGAGCAGUUGCUGAUGGAGCUGAAAUCGAAGCGUCCAAAAAUGUGGAUGAUGGUUACCAACGGGGAAGGUGCCUUGGUACACAGAUCCCUUGUGAAGAUGUGCAAAGCAGAAGGUUUGUCGCAAGGUGAAAACGAUGACACUGUGUUGUUGCGAGCCUUACUGGAGGCCCAUGGAAAGGGUUCGAAUCCGGGAGGCUACUCCAAAAAGGGGUCGGACGUGCCAGGAAGCAGUUUGGAUGAGGCUUUCCUGGAAGGUGAGUUUAAAGCCCUAUGCACAUUACAUGGUGCGAGUGAACUCUCCUUUGACCAGUGUAUGUCGUGGGACUGGAUCGCGCAUCAAGUUGGUGUUACUAUUACCAAAGAUGCGACUGGGGAGAUUUGGCGACGGGUGGUGGGCACUCGUGAAGCAGCGUGUGAAACCGAUUUCGUCGCUUUGGCUCGUGCACUGCAAGCUGAAUCGGAGACUGCGACAACAAUUCAGUCCUUCAUGCGUGGAUGCGCAGGGAGAGUCAAGGCCCACUCUCAAGCACGGGACGCAGCUGAGACUGCUCAAAAGAGUCGCUGCUCAGCAGAGAUGAAACUUGCUCCCUACAAUCCCACCCCAAGUUGCGCUGUUCGGCAGGCUUUAGAUGCGUUGUCUGUUGGACCUGAAGAUGUGCUGUACGACUUGGGAUGUGGUGAUGGACGUUUGUUGAUUGCAGCUGCUCAACGAGGUGCCAAAGCCGUGGGCGUUGAAUACGAUGCUCGCUUUGUGGAGAAAGCUGAUGGUGCAAUCCGACAACUGGAGCUUUCAGAUUUCGCCACAGUGAUGUGUGGUGAUGCCUUUGCCACCGAUUUGGUGCCAGCUUCCAAGAUCUUCGUGUAUCUGGUGCCGGAUGGAUUGAGAAAACUGGAGCCGUCUCUAAAUGCAGCGUUGAAACGAGGAACGCCCAUUGCUAGCUACAUGUUUUCGAUUCCGGGUUGGUCUCCUGAUGAAGUGCUUACAGCAGAGACGCGUUCCUCAGAGUGCAAAGUUUGGAUUUACAAAACUGCCAGCUGCCUAGCAAAAUAACAUUGGUGCCUGCAGUUGCAGGAUGUUUGAUGUUUGUAGAAGUUUGACAAUUUUUAAUUUGUCCAUGUUUGUCCUAUUUCAACAUGUUCUGAUGUAUCUUGUAGAUAGGUUUGGGACGGUUUGGGAAUGUCUUAUCCAAAGUGGUGCGCAUUUCCAGCAGAUGUUCAGUCUCCCAUGCUGUUUCAAUAGCAGCCCACGGAGAUCACAG